AUGACUUACGGACAGCCGCUACGGAUUCCCGGUGAGUUCUUGGAGCCAUCAACGAAGGAGAUGUGCCGCUCAGAGUUUGCGAAGCAACUGUGUCGUACCAUGCAGCAAGUCAGCCCGAUCCAAAACUCGCAUCACGCUAAACGAUCCGUUUUCGUCCCGAAAGACCUGCGAAGCUGCAAAAGUGUGUUUGUAAGGAUCGACGCAGUGAAACGACCUCUCCAGCACCCGUACGAAGGACCCUUCCAGGUUAUCAAACGACACGAGAAGUUCAUGGAUGUCCUGAUAAAUGGCCAAAAACGAAGGAUUACCAUCGACCGCAUCAAGCCCGCCUACGUCUGCAACCAGGAGUCGGACGAAGAUGAUGGAAGGACGAAAGUUACGCCAUCCGGACACCGCGUUCGGUUCCUGGCGUAA